AUGGAUAUAGACGUGAUCUUGUGCGUUGUCCCGGGGAGUAAUUGUCACUGGGUUAAUUCUGAGAACAGAAAAUGACGUACCCAAUAAGAAUUAUUAAUACAAUUUACAAUUUACAAUAUAUUGACAUGUCAAAGGAUUAUAUUGUGAUAAAAAUAUGAUCUAAUCAUUUAUACGCAUUCCUAAAGAAUUCCAGACCCAUUUUUUUUCUUGGCCCUUUGCCCAGACAUGCCAGAUGCCAAACCUGGAAACCUGCAUGGUGUUUUUUGUACGAUACAAGCAGCGAUCAAAGUCUGGGGAUAUGGAGUAUUUUCAAUACAAUAUCCGACGUGUUGAAGUUCAAAGUGCACCCAGAGACAAAUUCUAGACGUGAGAACGAGAGUUUAGUUGAAACACGAUACUCCAUUCAAUAUCACUACAAAACUACAGGCUACAACAGAAGUCAUUGCGCGGAAUCAAUUAAGUCCGAAUACUAACAAACUUAUUGAAACAUAAAUAGGAAGAGAUAUGGACAUGGAUCUGUCAUCAUAUAGUGCUGAUGAUUGGGUAGAACAUUCAGUUCAUGGAAGUGUUUAUCAUGAUGGAAUUAAGUUUAGUGCCUUGGUUGUUCCGUCAAGCAUCGAAGCUAUGAAGACAUUUGAUGUCAGGAAUGAUGAUAUCUGGAUCAAUACUUAUUCGAAGUCAGGAACGCACUGGGCAUCGGAGAUCGUUCAUCUGAUAUUAAACCAUGGUAAUCCAGAGACGAUCGACCGUACGACCACGCAAGGGAACAUCGAGAUGAUCUACUUCCAAAAAGAUUCUUAUGAUGAGGGAAAGACCCGACAUCUCCCAUUCUAUAAGAUCAUAGAGAAGGCGCCCUCUCCUCGCAUCGUACAGUCUCAUCUGCCCGUUAGAUACCUUCCACCUGGAAUUGAUAGUAAGAAAGCGAAGGUGAUCUACGUUGCUCGGAACCCCAAAGAUGUGAUUACUUCCCUCGAUCGAUUCGUCGGAAAUACUGAGAUGGGCGAUUUCAUCAGGUGGCAGGGCGCCCUCAAGGAAUUCAUGGACGGAACAAGAAAUUAUGGCUCAUGGUUUGAUCACGUGAAAACAUCUUGGAAUCUACGUCAUCAAGAAAACAGACUCUUCGUCAAAUAUGAAGACAUGAAAAGGGACCCCAGGGAAGCCGUACUCACCAUUUCCAGGUUCCUUGAGCGCCCUCUAUCGGAAGAAACUUUAGAGAAGAUUGUUGAGCACAGCUCUUUCAAAGGAAUGAAGAAGAGUUAUGAUAAAGUGGAAGAAGAGGGCAAGGGGGACCUCGUCAAAGCUUUAGGAAAGCAAUCAUACAUGAACAAAGGUGUAGUCGCAAGCUGGAAGAAACGAUUCACGGUGAGCGAGAAUGAAGAGUUCGACCGAGUCUAUCAAGAGAAAAUGGCUGACACUGAUUUGCGAUUCGAUUUUGAAUGAAAAAUGAAUAUACCUGAGAAUUUCCGAGAUGACCUGCAACAUAAAUACUUUGCUAGAAAAAAGGAAAAUGUGAAACCCGCGUCUUUUUUGCUUCAAAGGCAAAUUAAUUAUGAUAUUUUACAUCAUCAUAUACAUUUCAAUUAUUCCUAUUGGGACGAACACUUCACGCAUUAAUGAGCAAGGCGAGUUUGAAAUUUUAAUGUCAAAAUCAGGUUGAGCAGAAAAAAUUGAACAAGAUUGGUUCGUGAUACGACAAACCAUGCUCAUUCGAUGAUUGGCUUAUUAGCAUUUCUUUCGUAUUCUUUGUUAAGUUUCUCUCACUGACUCCUUUAAUAAAUGAGAGUGGAUUUAGAUAAACGCGUGAGUUUCUGCGCAAAUCGUUUCUGAUAGGCCUCAUGUCAUUCGUGAAUCAUUUGCUAAGCUGUUCAUUUCAAAUUGAAGAUGAGAUUCCACUCUUACACUUUUGAAAUAGUUGGGCAAAAAUGCCAAAUUUCUAACCAACCAUGGGCAACAUACUGUUCACACAACUAUUGGUUAAAAUCUGCCCAAAUUGGGUAAUCAAUUUGCUCAAUUGGAUUAUUGCCCAUGCAGAAUAUAAUUAUUUAUUUUUACCAACAUACAUUACCCAACACAGUGGACAGUAUGCUGCCCAACAUUUUAAAUGUGUACCAUAAGUAUCAAAUUAAAAGUAAAAACAUAAUAUAUAAUAAUUAUGAAAUCUAUAUCUGAAAACGGGUUACCUUUUGAUGGGACGCACUGUACCAGUCGAGAAGAAUAACAACUACAACCAAUGGCGUAAUAACCCCAAAAGUUAAUAAAGAGGCUAAGUUUUGAAUAAAGUUAAAUGUUUCUGAGAAUAUGCAAGAUGCAAGAAUAAAGGUAUAUUAAUUUAUGUUGUCUCCCUUUACAUUACUUGAGGCCGACGUGGCGUAACUACGGGGGGGGGGGGCGGCAUGUGCUCCCCCUAUCGGAUGGCCAGAAAAACGGAGGAAAAGGAGAAAAAGAAGGAGAAAGAAAGAGAAACAUAGUGGGGGAAGAUGAAAUUAUUGUAUAUUACAUUAUGUUAUAUUAUAUUAUAUUAUAUUAUAUCAUAUUACAUAAGGAUUUUUUAUUUCAUAACUUUAUGAGACAUAAUUAUAGUUUGCUUAGGGCCUAUAUAUGUGUUCAUCAUUCCUGAUGCUCGCAUAGUCGCAUUGUCUGUUUAAUGAGAUAUAUAAUCCUGUUGUACUAAAACAUCCCGUUUUCAAGUCAAUAUACACCAAAUAUAUUUCAUCGCACUUCGAGUUAUUAUUGUUUUAUAAAGUGACAUGAUGUACUACUACAUGUUUCUCUUUCUUAUUAAGGUCUGAAUAUAAACCCUUUUCAGUUCGUGCUUACGUUCGCAUUGGAUAAGCCUAUAAUUAUGUCUGCUCUUGUUUGUUUCUUUGUUUGUUUACUUUUAUUUGUUUGUUUGCUUUUAUUUCUGUAUUCAAAUAAACUUGAUCUCGACCUUUUUGUUCCUUCUA